AUGUCAACAUCAUCAAUAUCUAAUGGAAUUCUUCAGCUUGCUACACAAUAUUCACUCUAUACUGGUUGUAUUACAUUUAGUUUUGGAAUUAUUGGUAAUGUUUUAAAUCUUCUUGUUUUUACUCAAUUGAAACAUUUUCGAACUAAUCGAUGUGUCUUUUAUAUAACUAUUGAAUCAAUCUCCAACUUCAUUUAUCAAAUCUUCAAUAUUAGUUUAACUGUUUCAACAUCAAUAUAUGGAGAUGUUACGAUAGGAGGUUCUAGUGCUUGGUGUAAAUUAAGAUAUAUAGUGGGACAAAUAUGUGCGCUCACUACUUAUUACAUGAUAUGUUUUUCUGCUGUUGAUCAGUUCUUUUCGACACAUCAUCGUUACAAUUUAAGGCAAAUGUGCACAUUGAAUCUAGGUCGACAUCUUUCGUUUAUAUUCAUUUGUUUUGCAAUCAUUCAUAGCAGUGCACUUGGCUCUUCCUAUGAUAUUCAACCAACACUAGGAUGUAUCAUAUCGAAUUAUGUGGCAGUCCAGUAUUCAACAUAUUUCUUUUAUCCAGUUUUAACCGGUCUUCUACCUAUUACCAUUGCUACAUCAUUUAGUAUUUUAGCGUAUCGUAAUGUUCGUCAUAUAGUUCGACGACAAUUACCAAUUGUUCGUCGUAAUCUAGACAAACAAAUAACAGCAAUGGUUCUUAUGCGUGUAAUAGCCUUCGUUUGUUUGUUAUUACCGUAUAUUACUUAUCGUAUCUAUGUCAUUAAUUUUCCUACAUCACGAAGUACGCCUAUGGCAUAUGCAAUUGGUCGAUUGAUUCAAGCAAUUUUUACUUCUAUCUACAUUAUCAAUUACAUUAUCAGCUUUUAUAUUUUCAUAAUAUUCUCAUCACGUUUUCGUCGUCAAGUAAAACUUGUUCUAGUAAAAAAAUGUUGGCAUCAAUGGAAAUACUGGUGUUAUUCCAUAAAUAAUCAAAUUGAACCUGAGAACAAUAUUGAACUAUGCAAUUCACAAGUGGAAUCUGAUGAAAAUAUGUAA